AACACCGCCACCUCCCACUCGUAACUACUGGAGAACGCACAGUGUAUCAUACGCAGGAGGGCUGCUGGAGCAUUUGCAAAGUAGCAGGAACCAAUUGCGAAGUUGCUUCGAGGUGAGAAGAGGGAGAUACGACAGUGAGGAAAGAGCCCCCGACGAGCACCGCCGCCGCCCCACCCCUACUAAGCGAAGCAAAGAGUGCAUUGGUUUCAAGAUGUCAACGCAUUGUGUGUCGGUUCUUCUCCUGGUCUGUAUCGCACAAGCGUGCUUGGCCUUCGUCCCGAGCUGGACUGCGACGUUCAGGUCGUCACGCUCGCAGCCCCCUGCUUCCGCGCCUGCGGCGGCGACGUUUUCGCUCUCGCAGCCCUCUGGUCCGAUCUGCCCUGUGUUCGGGGCGUGUGGCACUUGUGGGGCGCAAUAUUUUUACCCGGUGCGAGGGAUGACGAGCUCGAGCGCGAUGAGCGAGGGCGACGAGGAGGAGGGGGGCGGCGAUCAUGAUGCGCGAGAAGCUGCCGAUGGCAGUCCAGCGGCGGACGAGAUCCGUGCGGUCCAGGAUGAGAUCCGUGCGGUCCAGGAUGAGAUCCGUGGUGUAGAGCGAAAGAUCGAGGAUGCAGAGGAGGAGACGGCAGAGGUUGUCAAGAAGAUUGAUUAUAUUGAGGCUGCUAUUGCGGGGGGCUCCAAGUACCUCGGAAUGACCGACCCCGAAGCCCUCUUGAAGCAACUAGGCAGGAAGGAGGAGCAACUACGCAGGAAAGAGGGGAAGGAGGAGCAACUACGCAGGAAAGAGGAGCAACUCCGCGAGAUCCUUUUGAAGAAGGAGGACCGGCUCUCCAGGAUUGAGCAGCUCCGUGCCAACAACGCCCCCGCAGGAGUUGUCAGCGCUGAUCUUGGGUGGUGCUAGCAGCGACACUUUUCACAAUAUUGUUGUUACAGGCACUCCCGGAAUCGGCAAGUCAGUGUUUGGUUUCUAUCUGCUGUAUCUGCUUCGCUGCCAAGGAAAGACUGUUGUGUUCGAGCUAAAGGGCAAAUGGUAUCGGUUCAGUUAUGCUGGGGUGGUCCAAGCAAGUUUGGAAGCUUUUAAUGAACGUGGUUAUAUGGAUGACCCAAAUAGUUGGUAUUUGAGUGACCCGGAGGACCGCCCUAGGGAAUAUUUUCAAGGUACAACGGUUGUGUUGGUGUCGCCCAAGUAUGAAAGAGUCAAGGAGUUCUUGAAGCUAGCCGAUGCCCAGCAGAUUUUCAUGCCAGUUUGGGGCUUGGAUGAGCUACUGAAAUGUCAGCGAGUUGUUUUCCCCCAUGUACCAAGUACCUUCGUGGAGGAAGCUUUUGGUGUAGUUGGAGGUGUGGCGCGAGCAAUCUUCAACGAAUUGAAGUAUGUGCAAGUCAAAGAUGGAAUAGAGGAUGCGGUGAACAAGUUAAGUUUGGCAACGUUGAGGGAAGCAGUUUCGCUUCUGACUUCGUCGGGCCGCCUCCCAACCGAUAUCACUGGUGACAAACUCUUCCAUGUCUUGUCAGACUCUAGCGAUGGUUUCAAACGUUACACUGUCACGUUCGCCAGCAAUUUCACGAGUGAGUUGGUCAUACGAAAAAUUGCGGAGAAGGGAAGACGUAGUCUACUAGACUUCGCGGGAGCCGCAAUCGACAAUAAAGAUGUUGCCAGGAUGUUUGGGGGAGGAAGUGUUGUGGGGAGCUUGUUUGAACACGCUGCACACCAAGUAAUUGGUUGGGACCGAGCCGGCGAAGAACCGUUGAAAAUGGCAAUCCUCAUCGAUAGCGGUGGGGUGUUGUCAGGAACGGAUUCCUUAAACUUUAGUUUCGAAAAGAGGGAAGGAUUCAAGGGCGAAACUAUUUAUUCAUCGUUUGACGAAGGGGUAUACUACACGGCCGUGCCCCUUAAUUAUCCAGCUAUCGAUUCGUUCGGUAUGGAUAGGCGUGGUGACACGUUGUUCUUUUUCCAGAUGAAAUAUGCCGGCGUUAAGGCUGUUGUCGGAAGUGCAGUUGAACGGUACUGGCGCUCUGCGUCCAAAGGUUCUGUGUUAGUCAAGAAUUGUGUUUACGUUUACGUGGUCCCAGAGGAACCCCAAUGGCGGUUGCAGGCGGUCAAGUCGGCCGGGAUUGACGAGGUCAGGAAAUUGCUGUCGGAAGCAAGCGAUGAUUUUCUGUCAGCAUGUGCUGUAUGCGUUGUCGCUAUUCCAUCCAGAAAUUCUUCGAAUGAUGUGGAAUAGUCCAUCUAUGUCGCUGAAGCUAAGGCUGCUGAAUACUGUCUUGACGCGCGUUUUCGCGAUGGAUGAUUGUAUGACAUCGAUCAAGUCCCGUGUAUCAUACAU